GCGAAGUAAUCAGCAGCUUGUUUGACUAAUUAGCAAAACUUACGCACACACAAACACUCACAAAGGCAUCGACAACUUUUAUUCACACUCUCGACAAACGACUUAUUCGAAACUCAGUCUUAAUUGAAUGCUCGCAGCGAAACGACGACGUGUUCCGCACAGUAAAACCUAUUCACUCCAUAAAUCCGUAAAUCGUAGAAAAAACAUGAAGUUUCUGACUUUGCUGCUCGUCUUGGGCCUGUUGAUCGCCCUCCUUGCCGGAUCCUCGGAGGGCAGCUUUUGUCCUUGCGAUCUGAAGACCAAGGGCAGUGAGGUCUGCGGCUCGAAUGGUGUUACCUUCAAAAACCGCUGCGAGUUCGAGUGCAGCCAAAGGGAUUACAAGAAACUUGGACGCACCCUGAACAUCCGGAAUGAAGGACCUUGCAGCUCGACGAUCUGAAAUGUUCUUACAACUUCGGUCCGAAAUGAGAUUGCAGUCGAAACCAUAGAUACUGUAGUGAUGAGUGCGGUGAGAUAGUUCUUGAGAUGAGUAACUAACUAUCAAAAGCUUAAUACUCUUGCUGAAACCAUCGGAAAAUGCUUUCUCUCGUUUAUCAGUAAUGUAUAUUAUAACCAAGAUACUCAAAACAAAUAAAGCCUUGUGUUUAUUAAUUAAACUGAAA